ACGUGACUAUCUGUUUACAAGAAAGGAAGGAUUUUUUAAGCAGAAGAUUAACUGAUUUAGUUGACGAGGAAGCGAAUUUUAGGGGUUUGUACUUUUUCAAUAGUAAAUAUGGCAUCUCCUGGAUUUGAUAUAGCCAAAGCGGGUUGGCUUUAUCGCCAAAGUAAGUAUAUAUUUUGUAGCCCUAAGAUUCUUUUUAUUUAAUGUUUUGUUUGAUUUUGUUGUAACUGCGACGGUAGUGGCCUAUACUAUACUUGCACAAAAUACGGUAAUACUAAAAAACCAGUACCAGUAAAUUGGAUCAGUCCCAGUAAUUUCAGUAAAAAAAAACAAAAAACGAGCACCUCCGACUGAGUUAGUUCGUACAACAGUGUUACUCAGUGUACUCAGAGUAACGGAAUAUUAUAAUUUGUACUUUUUAAAAAUUAGGCCCUACUUAUUACUUGGCUCAUGAUUUUAAAUUAUAUUAAUCUAAUUCUAAUCAUAAUUAAUAUCUAAUUAUUAUGGCUUUGGGCUAAUGCAGGGAAUUGUUGCCAUGAUGUCAUGAGGUAUACAUUUAGUUCAUUUAGGGUUGAGGUUAAGUUUAGGGAUACAUUUAAGGUUCAGGUUAGGUUUAGUGACAGUGAAUAAUAAAAGUUCACGGUAAAUUCAGAGAAAGCGGCCCGAGUCCAUUUCCAUGGCCGCCAUCUUGGUUGCCUCCACCCGCGCACUUUUACGUGUUCACGGGUCGAGGCAACCAAGAUGGUGGCCAUGGAAAAAUAAAAUAACUCAUGUUUGCUAAAAUUAGGAAGAAAACGUUAAAAAUUUAUGGAAAAAAUGUGUUAAAUCGAUCCCUAUGCCUAACCCGAACCCUAAAUUACUAAAUCUAUCCCUAUGCCUAACCCGAACCCUAAGUCACUAAAUCUAUCCCUAUGCCUAACCCGAACCUUAAAUCACUAAAUCUAUCCCUAUGCCUAACCCUAAAUCACUAAAUCUAUCCCUAUGCCUAACCGCUAACUCUAACCCUAAAUCACUAAAUCUAUCCCUAUGCCUAACCCGAACCCUAAAUCACUAAAUCUGUCCCUAUACCUAACCCGAACCGAUCCCUAAAUCCUACGCCUUAAGCCACUAGUAAAAACAUGUGGAAUUUACGUAAUGUGGCAAGAAAACGAUAAAAAUUAACAAAAAAAUGCCCCAAAUAAUUAUAACAUAAAGAAAUGAUGAAAAUCCAACUUACAGUUUCAUGAAAUACACUUUUACACACUUUAUUUCAGGUUCCAACGCAAAUAUAGCCACAAAAUGAAUAAAUCUCCACACCUCACAGGCACCCCAAACAUAUCAAAGAUGGCGCAACCAAAUAAAAAUGAUAAUGAGCCAACCAAUCAAAAUUUUAAAAUUAUAAUUAAUCAACCAAUAAAAUUUUAAUUCCAAAAAUGUAACUCUUUUAACAAAAAAAUAAAAAAAAUAAGGGGAGUGAAUCCAAAUCAAAGUCGUCGUGGGCCACUAAAUCUGAAAAAGCCUUUAAGCCAAAGUUCACAGAUCGUGGCAACAAAGAUGGCGGCCGUGUGAUGCGUCAUGGCACCAAUUGUCUGCAUUUACCGCUAUUUGUCUUGUUCGAUUUGGAUAAAUAAUGUUUACAAUUACAGAGUGGUGAAUGCUUUCGUGUUGUGUCAUCACACAGAUUCUGAAAAACUUGUAAGGCUGUCUCCACAAAUAUUAUGAUUGUUCGAAUCAAAUGUUUAAAUUGUUCGUCAAUGUGUCAUUAGAGCAGGACAUGUUGCAUAAUUAUGAGUAUUAGACUCAGUCUCAGUUAUUAGUAUUACAAUUAUAUAUAUGGCAUCCUUCCGUCCUUGCAAGACGAUGGAGUAGUUAUGUACACUUCAACGAAUGGCUCUCUUGGCCAAUCCUGGAAUGGCGAUAUCAGCUGCAUUUCUUGCAGGAGACUAUUGACAUGGAAACUGUGUUAGAUUUGGCCUUCUGUAUUGUUCUUUUUGUUGCAAGGGCUUCAUUUCGCGCAUCUUCUGCCUUUUUGACUCUUUCAUUUUCAUACACUGCUGUUUGCCAGCUAGAACGUUGUUCGGCAGUGGUGUCCCAUUUUGUUGAUUUCAAUGUUGGCUUCCCUCCUGCUCUUUUGCAAAUGUCCAUAAAUCUCAGACGUGACCAUCCAAUAAGUCUUGUCCCUUAUGCCAACUCUCAAUACUGCUAGCAGUAUCUUUGAAUAUGGCCUUCCUCCAUUCUCUUUACAUGGCCUAGCCAGCGAAGGCACCUCUUGCUAUGAGCGGAGAAUAUGCUAAACAUUUGUGCACAUUCCAAGACCUCUGUGUUAGGUAUACUAUAUUCUAAAUUAUAUCUUAUUGAAUCAUAUUAAUUUAAAUCUACUGCCAUUGAAUGUUUAAAAUGCGAUGCAGACAUCUUUGAUGGAAGCUGUUGAGAUUUCGCUCAUGACUGGUAUAUGUGGUCCACACUUCACUGCCAUAUAGGAGCAUACUAACCAUACAUGCCCGAUAGACACUUAGUUUUGUUUUAUCAGUUAGAUUGAGGUUAUUCCAUACCCGCUUAUUCAGUUUAGCCAUAGUUGCUGCUGCUUUUUGCGAGUCUGAUGUUCACCUCUUCAACAGAGAGAGAACUAGAAAUAUUGGAUCCAAGAUCUGUCAAAUGCUCAACAACUGACAGAUUAUGGCCCUCAAUAGAUAUGAUUGGAGGGGACGGUACUUCUUGCAUCAUGACAUGUGUUUUCUGUAGAUUAAUUGACAGUCCAAACUCUUUACAAGCAUGUGAUAGACGAUUAACUAGCCACUGAAGACCUUCUUCUGUGCACUUAAGGCGGCAUCAUCAGGGAAUAGCAGUUCAUGAAUUGAUAUUACAAUUGGAUGUUUACUAUGUACAUACUUACAUUUUAAGUACCGUUACUUAGUAAAGGCUAUAAUUAUAAUUUAUUUUAUAUGAAUAUGAAGAAAAGUGUCUAGUCUAUUAAAAUUUGGUUCUAAGAAAGAGUAAGGUGAAAGACAAUUAUUGACAUUAGUGUACAAGUACAACUCAAGUACAAAUGUAAAAUUAGUAAUUACAUGUGUGAUUUCUGGUGACAUUUUGUCACUAGUGACACUGGUGAUGAAUGUAUUAUAUAGGGGCUGUUCAUUAAUGACAUUAAGAAAAUAGAGGAGGGGUUAUUAUAUUUAGUACCACUAUAUUUAAUACAAAGAAAGCUAACACAUCCCACAGCUUCAUCUCUAUAUUUUAAUAGCUAGUUAAAAGCAAAACAACAUGGCUUCUGAUAUUCUGAGUACAAUAAACACAAGUUUCAUGCGAUGAUAACAAAAGGGAAGUAACUGUGACAUUACAAUACACAGUUAAUAUAACAUCCCCCUCUGUCUAGAAAGAGCAGCACAUCACAACAUUGACAACAAUACAUAUCAUCAAAUCCAGAUAGCUUAAACUGUCUUCCAUUAAUUAUAAAUAAAGUCUUUCAGUCUCACAGUCUUUAUUUCUCAUCCUGAUUGGGUUCUUUGUAUGUUGUGGUAUGGUUGCUGAUUUGGUUCAGGUUCUGGUUUAUCUGGUAAUUCGGAAUGCCUAAUGUUAUAAUAUUGAUAUAUAUAUAUAUCAAAUUUAUAUAUAUUAUAUGAAGUCAGAAUUUGUAUUAGUGGUAGCAGAGUGUUUGUAUGGAUAUGGUAGAGGGGCCUGCAGGUGGCCCUCAGGUUUUUGACUUUCUGGAACUCUAUUGGAUGCAGUAGCAGUCUAAUCAUCCAUUGGUACAACUCUUCUUAGAUUACAUCGAUUGUGAUGAUAAAUACCGCCGCCUGAUGCAACUUCAUCUGAUUGUUCAUCAAGUUUUUAGUGUCAACUCCCUUUUCCCAUCCCUCCUUUCCACAAGAGUAUGGUUUAAGUCUCACCGCCAUAUCCUCUUCAAGGGGUGGCAAGUCCUUGAAUGUGUAGUGUAGUAGGUUUGCUGAUCUCAUCUGGUUUUCUCUUAAGUAUUGGUCUGUGGUUCCCUGGAUCAGUCAUUUUUUGGUUUCAACAGGUUUUGGGCUAUAGGUAGCAGUGUUAGGUUCUUCUAUUGAAAAAUGACUGCGCUGGAAUAGUACCCGUUUGAUUAGGGUAUAUGUAUAGCCAGGGACAUUCAAUCCAAAGCCUGCUAUUUCUUACAGUCAAUUAAAAAAAAGGAAUGUUUUCUUAUAUCUCUUUAGUUUGAACGUUUGAAUUAAAAACAAUGUAGUGGGGUAACACCAACAGGCAUUUUUGGUAGGAAACAUUAUGUUUUUUUAAAUUUUUGGUAUGGGUUGAAUGUUCACUCCCUUCAUCAAUUAACAUCCAUGAGAUGUUUCUCAUUCUGUGAAAUAAAAUUAGUUUAGCAACCCUUUUCAUAUUUCCCUAGAGUGAAAUUGUAAUUUAAUUUAUUUGAUCUCAACCUCAAAUCAAUGGAUCACUUUUUUUUAAACCAAUUUUUCUUUCUAAUUUUUUAAUUUCAAAUAAUUUUUAGGUAAUUAUAAAUUUUAUAAGACGUUAUAUUUAUCUUUUUGGUCUUGUAAAUUUCUUUAUUCUCUAUGUCUUACGUUAAAUUCCAAAUGAAAAUUACACCAGUAUAUGUAAGUUUUUAUUUUAUUUCAUCUCGUGUCAUUUUGUUGGGUCAUAAACUGUUCCAUCUUUUUAACUUUAACCUGCAUGCUGCUUAGUAGAUUAGACAGUGCAAUAAACAUUACCUGUCAACCUGUUGCAGUCUAAAAGUAUCUUUCCAAUCAGAUAAGGUUUAACUAAUAUAAUUUUAAGUUGUAAUUUUGUAAUUUUAACCACAAAAUAUAUAUUUAUCUUGGCAGGCUCCGUACUCCAUCGAUGGAAAAAAAAUUGGUUUGUCUUGGAUCGUCAGGGGGACUUGCGUUACUUUGAGAACCCUGACACCCCAAGAGCUGAAGAAAGAAUUGUGGUCCGUGGAGCGGUCACACAUAUUAAAACUGGACCAGAUGUAUGUUGUUUUUUUAUUUGAAAAGCUCACAUUUAUAAAAAUAUUUUUUUCAAAAGUUUAGGUAUUAAUGGAUCUCUCAGCAUUUUAAUGACUCCAUUGUUUCAAUUAAAAGAUGUUCAUCCUUCAAAUAAAUGACUUAUUUUAUUGCAGCUCAUCAUUUACUUAUUUUAACUUAUAUUUUUAUUGUGAUUAAUUAUUAAUUCUUUGAUUAAUAGCCAAACUAUGAGAGUUCUUUAUUGUUCAUGAUGGGUUGUUGUUUUUUUAAAGUGCCGCAGGGCAGAUCCACCAGAAGGUCUUAGCCAAACUAAAGCUUGCUAUCUUGAGCUCAUGAUGAGGGAAAAAGAAUCUAUGCUUCUCUGUGCUGAAUCCCUUGAUGAUAUGAGGUAAGAUGAGUUCUUCUGUCUUUCAUUGUAACUCACCAGUGUGAAUAUUUUAUCAUUCCAUCAGGUAAAAACAAGCAGGGAUGCUUAUUUUCUCUUUAUGACAUUUGCUUGAAAGAGAUGUUUAGUAUAUUUAUUAUUUCAGAUUUUUAUCCUCCAUUUGUAUUCCCUAUUUAUUUUCCAAUGUUAAGAAAUUUUUAGACAUGUCUUGGGACAUAGUAUAAAACAGUAUAUGCCUAACCCUAUCCCUUCUCCAGUUUGGAACCAAAAUUUUUGGAGAUCUUGAAGUUCAUAAUUAUGUUUUCUUAAAGGCUAAAGAUUUUGUGAAUUAUACCUAUUGCCAACGGCAACAUUAUGGAUGCAUUAACAACAUAAUAAUGCACCCAUAAUGUUGCCAUUGGCUAUUGGUAUAAAUCACAAAAUCUUUAGCUUUUAAGAAUUAAUCUUUGAGUUCAAUGGAAAAAGUGGAAAUUGUUUAUUCUGAUAUUUAUCAUAAUUUCUGUUGCAUUUUAACAGCUUUGAUAAAAAAAAAUAUCAUAUAUUAAUCCAAAAUCAUUUAAAUUGUAUAGUUCAAUUUAUAAAUGAAAUUCUGGUAAAUUGUGAUCAUUCGAAUGAUUGUGCUAUCCAUCCACCCAUUCCUAUCACACUACAGCCCUUGUAGGCUUUGGCCUGCAUUACCACUUUCUUUCACUCAGACCUAACUGAUGUUUUACUUUUUGAUGCUUGGAUUCCAAGCUGCUGUAGAUCUUUUUCCAUAUCAUCCAUCCAUCUAAGCCUAGGUCUGCUUUGGAGCCAUUUUCCUCUGGGGUUUUAGUGGUGUACCCUCUUCACUCCUCUGUCAUCUGAAAUUCUUUCUAAGUGUCCUGCCCGGGGCAGGCUGCCCUUUUUUCAUUUCUGCUACUAGCAUGGGAUCCGGAUAGUGUAUAUAUGACUCCUUUUUGGUUCAUAUUCAUCCUGGAAUAAUUGUAUAGGUGUAUAAAUUCACCCACAGUCUGUUGCAGCGGGGGGGGGGGGGGGGGGGAAAUUCAGGAAUUAGUGGAACAAGGUAUGUUGAAGCUUGGAGAUUUUUUACAUUGAGAUUUUUGCACAAUCUAAGUCUCAACCUCUAUUCAAAUUUUAUAAUUGGCUGUACUGUCCUUUGUUAAAACUGUUUAAAAAAUAAAAAAUGUAGACUGUUUAUUUUCCCCAAGGGCAUGGCAGAUUUCUCUUGAAGAAGCCAGAACGCUUCCUGGUGCCAGUUACCCACCCAGCGUGACCAGCACCACCUUUAUCACUGCCCCUGGUUAUUAUCCAUAUGGGAAUCAUUAUGGAGGCUAUGGAUAUCAAGGGCACGUCAUUAACCCCUCACCUACUCAAAGUGAGUCAAAUAGUGUGUUACACCAUUGGUCUUUAAUGGGAUACAGAUGGAAAGCUGGAGAAAAAAUGCAUUUUUAAACCCACCCUCUUUUGACAUAGAAUCUUUGAAUCAACCUCUUCAAAAGUAUUUUAAAAUAUAUAUAUAUGGAGAAUGAAUUUUAUGCUGAUAAGUUGUUAACAUAUGUAUUUAAAAGUUUUCUUGAGAGAUCUAGGAGAGAUUAAUUGUCAUAAAACAUUGAAUUCCAGAGGAAAUAUUAGGUAAAAAUCCACAAAUAUUUUAAAUGCAGUGGGCAAUAUUUUUCUGUUCACAAUGAAAGUACAAGAAAUGUUGAUGGCUGAACAAAACCAAAACCUGUAGAGAGAGAGAGCUCAAGGACAUCACUUUUAACAUUUCAACCCUUUGUUACGUUCAAUACCACAUAAAAAUUAAUCAUAUUUGCAAGCAAAGUACUCUAAGCUAGUAAAAUUUUUAUAACAAGAACUUUCUGUAUUUGUUCAGUUUAUCACACACCAACUGGAACCACCACCGUUGUCAAUGCAGCCCCAGGCCAACAGAUUGUAUAUGUUGAUGAUGCUCCCUACAGACACAGGAGAUGUUAUCGUGGUGGCAUUUACCCUGUUCCCAUGUUUUUCUGGUGA